AGGUGAGAAGCAAUUAAAGUUCACACGCGACUGUGGACCGCGUUCUGGAUCGUCGCGAUGAGCGUUUUGGAAUUGCAUCUACGAGUGCCAGUCGAGACCCGCUGCAUAGACCGUCCCAUGGCCUCUCUCAUCGCUCUCUGGCCAGACCGGCCUCCCUCUCUACGCCCCCCCUCCAAAACCUUAACCUGCGGCCGUGCUCUGUCCAUGUCCCAUGCCUUCCUAUCCACCUCCUUCCUCUCUCGGUGCGUGCUUCCGCCUUUCAAUUAUCUUCUAUUCUCCUUUACCCUGACUCUUUUGCCUUGUAUCUCCGUAGCUCUUCAUUAACCUGUAGGUGCCCGUACGCAGAUUCCGUCCUGAGAGCGUACCUGUGGAGCCUUGUCUCCACGCUACACAGUAUACUAUCUACUCAUCGCGACUUGAUAUCGUAAAGUCGAUACCGAAUCUGCAUCACGAACCGAAUCAUGCUUCAUGACAUGCCGUCCACGACAGGACUUUGUCGUGCAUCCUCCUCAACCUCACGAUCUUCUCAUUCCACUCAAGACUCAAUAUCCUCGGCCCCGUCCUCAUCCACAUCAUCCUCUCCCGUAUCUCCCCCGUGUACUUCUAACUCCAUUCCCUCGGCUUUUGCUGAUGUAGACUUCCGGUAUUCACCUCCUCCGGCUGGUCCUGGUUCUGGUUCCGAGUCUGCUGGCAGACCUUCGAAACCAUUACCCCGCACGAGGUGUACAUCUACCUCAACUACCUCAUCCUCCAUCUCAACAACGUCCAGUAGCACCGGCACCGGCAGUCAUCCAAAGAUCGUCCCGCCAGCAUGGGCUGUCCCACCUCGUGUUCUCCUGGUUGACGACGAUGUGGUAUAUCGAAUGUUGAGCAAGAAAUUGUUACAGGUGUUUGGAUGUAUGAUCGACAUUGCUGUCGAUGGUGCGGCUGCGGUGGCUAAGAUGAAUUUGGAAAAGUAUGAUCUCGUUUUCAUGGAUAUCAUGAUGCCGAAAUUGGAUGGUCGUUCAGCAACAUCGCUCAUCCGCAAAUUCGAUCAUCUCACACCGAUCAUAUCCGUCACGAGUAACUACCAUCCAGACGAAGUCGUCUCGUACUAUUUGUCUGGAAUGAAUGAUGUCUUGCCGAAACCGUUUACUAGGGACGGAGUACAUGGGAUCUUAGAGGUAAAUAAACACCUCGUACACCUCAAAGCGAUCCAGUCCGCCUCUACUUCCACAACCGCCUCCUCAUCACCCAUAAUACCACCACCUGUCACACCCACGCCUCCAUCUACACCAAUAGUAGUACCCAUCCCACCACCACUUUCCGAUAGACUCGCCUCACCAUGUACUGAAUCCCGCGACGACGUUCUAAACGCUCAAAUUGCGGAACCCUUACCGCCGUUACAUCUACUGUCCGGUCUACAUACCACCACUAUUACCGCUUCACUUUCAUUGCCACCUUCACCUUUGAUGCCGUCAACGCCGCCGCCUCCUACAUCUAUUUCAUCAAUAUCACCUACUCCAGAUCCGGUACCGUCGACAUCUUCGGCUACACUUGUCACAUCUCCAAUAUCGGUAUCGGCAACACACCUUAAUACACGAGCACAUCAUGUUCGAUAUACACGUUAUCCACAUCAUCGACGUGAUGUCUCAGUGAAUGCCUCCAAACCCUUAUCUCAUCCUCUUCUCCCUGAUAAAUCUUCAUCCUUACCGUCGUCGUCAUCAUCCUCGCCACAUAUCGACGGUCCAUCUAUUCCAACUAGCAGCCUGUCUGGUUCAUAUCAUCCAGAUAUUCUUCUUGGAAGACACGAUAGCUUAAAGAGACGAAGAGAGGGAUGUGUGGGACCGCCAAGAAAGAAAGGACCGAAGAGACCUAAAUCCGGGGAAGGACUUUCGAUAACUGUCGUCAAUAGGGAGUUGGGUGAGGGGGUGGCAAUGGUAGAUGAAAGUGGCGGUAGUGCAGAAUCGUUAUGGUUGAAAAGGUCCUUCUCGAGUCCGUUAUCUCCCGUUGAGAUAUCGAUACAGACGGAGGAAAGGGCGGAGGCGUUGACUUUGGUGGAUCUUGGCAUCGGUGCCACCGAUGCUUCGAUCUCGACGGGGAGGUCUAGUUGACAGACAUCGUGCCUUAUGGCCCUGACUGUUGACAGGGACCCUCUUUGCCUGUUGCACAUACUGGCUCUCUCAUGAACAUUUCUGUUACGCUCACCCUACACGACUCCGACCCACGACUCGCUUUUUACUCAUCCAUUGUCACGUCCGUCCUCCGUCAUCGCUCCACAAUAGCUCACAUCUGAAAUAGUUCAUACGAUGUACUCACUCUUACUCCCUUCCUCUGGCUCUUUCGUCCUUCUUCGUCUCUUCGGUUCCUCUUCGGUUCUUCAUUCUUCGGGUUUCCCCUUCGUUUUGCACUUUUGCAUCUUCUUCGCAUUUCACCAGAGUUUCCUUUCCCUCCCUUCAACUCCUCCUCAAGGUGGACAUUAUCACCUGAUAAUCACGGGAGGAGGGUGUUACUAGACUAGGUAAAACUCUAACCAUGGUGUUAUCUUUCGGUUGUUGCUGAGGUUGGUUUUAACGGUUCGUUGGAGUUAUACGUAUUCCGUAUUACAUAUUUCAUAUUCCAAGACCUGUAUUGUAUUCCUAUCCAAAAAGAAGUUCUUUUGUAUUGUACCGACUCCUCCCAGCGU